AUGCAGGAGCUAUGUAUAACGCAAGGUCCUGGGAGGGAUGCGUUGUCGAACAGGGCCGGCGUACGGCAGGGCUGGGCCGGUGGUGGGCCCGGUAUGGCAUGGGACUACGAACGUCGAGUGGAAGCGAGGGCAUCAGCCAGACCUCAUAAGCAUAUUCAUUUCAGCGACUCGCACCAAUCAGCUCACCUCUAUCGACCUAUCCGUACCAUGCCUAAAAAUACGGCCAUUCAAUAUAGCUCACCGUCCUCGCACUCCGACAUACGGACCGUUCUUCUCGAGCCCGGCCUGCCAGAUGCGUCUUUCUUUCACCGAGGACGUCGAGGCGUCCUUGAUUUCACCCAUCGAAGCUUUGCGGGACUUGGAAUUCUUACCAUAUGCUCCAUACACAGCAGCAAUCAAUCGAAGUCUCCUCCCCCGCUUCUCGUAUAA